AUUCUUGCUCCCUUUAUCUUUUAUUUGCGUACAUCUUUUCAAUCGAAUUGACUUUUUCUUAUAAAAAAAAAUCGAUUUGGUUUUGUUCCUCUGAAAUAAGGCUUAUAUAUGGGUUGAAACCUAAUUAUACAAUUGAAUUUUGAUCCGACUUGAGUUUCUGAGGCAGAUCUUGCCAGUUGAUUGUUUGUAGCUUCAUUGUUUCUCGGCGAUCUCGUAUCGUUAUGCACUGUAGUAGUCUACUUACUUCUUCUUGAGUAAUUUUCUGAGGGUUAAGACUCGGUCCUGAAGUUUGAGAAAAUGGGCGAGUCUAAGGGGUGUGGGAAAGUAGGACUAAAGAUUCCAAAUGCAAAUUCUUACAACGUCUCCCUUGAGCUGUCUCCAGUUGUUUCUUUUUGGGAUUGUAUUGUCCGCACGAUGAGGUAUUCCUAUAUACCAGAGUGGGUGUAGUUCUUGAGGAUCCUCUACGUCAUAGAGUGUCUAGUGCAGCUAUUUAAUUAGAAUUUUAGAAGCAAAUAUGGAUCACCACCGGGUGUGCAAGCAAGCUGAGCCGGUCAUUAAGAAAGUGAAGAAGAAAGAUGGUAAAGAUGAAUUUGAUCGUAUCAAACAAGCUGAGAGGAAGAAGAGACGUCUGGAGAAAGCUCUUGCUACUUCUGCAGCCAUCCGGGCUGAGCUGGAGAAGAAGAAGCAGAAGAAGUUGGAAGAACAACGAAGGUUAGAUGAAGAAGGAGCUGCUAUCGCAGAAGCUGUUGCUCUGCACGUCCUACUGGGAGAAGAUUCUGAUGAUUCAUCUCGAGUCAUGCUUGGCGAUGAAAAGGGUUUCAAGAUGGAUCUGUUUAGAGACGAAAAGGCUAGUUAUGUUACUCGCCAGAGCUGUGCUAGCUAUGCGGUUCAAGGGAUUGGGGUUGAGUCAAACGGUUAUGAACUAUGGGAUAGUAACUGGUCAGUGCCAUUCAUGAGGGGUGCUUGGGAUAACAACAUGGAAAUCUCUGCGGAUUUGAUUGCUUCUCAGGCUGUCUCGUCGCUACAGAUAUCUGAUACUGCUGAUAGGAACGCUUUUGUCUUCAAUAGGAUGACCAAUAAUGCCAUGGUGCCAAAUUCGGCUGCUAAAACUUUCUUUUAGAAGCCCUUAUCAGAUAAAAGAGUUCACAUUGUUGUUUUUCUUUUGAUGUUAAGAACAGAUGUCAUCUUGUGCUUUUUUUUUUUUGCAUUGUUUUUGUAACAAUGCUACGUGUAUUCUGAGUUGUACACAGCAAGUGUUUACUCUGGCUGAGUAAGAAGAUAUACAAAUUAGGCUUCUCUCAUUGUAUUUGUAUGUGAUUUCAUAUCUGUUUUUUUAAUCUAAAAUUUUUAAUUUUACCGAAA